AUGCGGACUUGUUGGUUCUGCUUCUUCUUGUCUCUGAUCUUCAGUUGCGCAUUUGCUCAGAAGUUGCGUCCAAUUUUCGCUGUUAAUUGUGGUGGUUCUGCACAUACGGAUGUAAAUGGAGUUCACUAUCAAGCAGACACCAACAAAGUUGGCAUUGCUUCUUCUCAUGGCAUGAAUUUAGUUUUACGUCGAACCCCCGAACCGGAUGCCAUUUUGUAUCAGACUGAACGCUACGACACUUCCUCAUUCAGUUAUGAAUUUCCAAUGCCCAAGGAUGGUGAAUAUGUUUUGCAUUUAAAAUUCUCCGAGGUUUGGUUUAAACAACCUGAAGGAAAGGUGUUCUCCGUUGAACUUAAUGGCGGUUUAACGGUGAUUGAGGAUCUUGAUAUUUAUAGCACAGUUGGUUUUUCUGUUGCUCAUGACGAAAAUAUCCCGCUUAAAAUCAAAAAUGGAUAUCUUAUAGCCCCAAAGGGGUCAGUCCAACUUAAUGACGGCGAAAAAUUACAAAUUAAUAUCGUUAAGGGUCCUCGCGACAAUCCAAAGGUCAACGCAAUCGCUCUAUUUGCAAAUUCUCUCGAGGAUAUUCCAAAGUUGCCACCUAUAAGAUUCUUAUCAAGUGUCGAGGAUAGGCUAUCAGAAUUUCAGGAAUCCCAGCAAGACGACCCGAGGUUUUCAAGGUCGUCUAAACGGUCUCAUGUUCCUCCUGCUAUUGAAAGGCCUCCUGCUCCCGAUCCGUAUGCCUCAGCUGACUAUUCCACCUACAUGCUUCCCGCAGUUAUUGCCGUUGCCACAUUCAUUCCGUUUGUUCUUUGUUUGUAUAGAAUGUAA